CUGGACACCAUGAAGAAAACAACUCGCGGUAUGGACAUCAUUAUCGUUGGAGGCGGUUUGGUCGGAGGAUUAGCUGCUUGUGCUCUUGCUAAACGCGGUCAUCGUGUUCGUGUUUAUGAGUAUCGAUCUGAUAUAAGAAUAAAAGAAGCCCGCGGUCAAAGCAUUGACCUUUCUCUGUCAUAUCGCGGUCGUCAAGCGCUAAAACUUAUUGAUCUUGAAGACAAAAUUGUCAAUCAUCAUGGUAUUUCUAUGCGAGGUAGAAUGCUUCAUGGUAAAGAUGGCAGUCUUAAAGAAAUGAUUUAUGACAGCGUUAAAAAAAAUACACUUUACUCUGUCAGCCGAUUGUAUAUGAAUCAAGUUCUUCUUGAUGCUGCUGAUGAAUAUCCAUCGGUAACUUUGUUUUUCAACCAUAAACUUUUGGAAGCUGAUUUAGAUAAUGGAAAAUUGAAAUUUUCAAAGACAAAUACGCAAGAAGUAAUAGAAGUAGAAGCUGACUUAAUAAUUGGAGCAGACGGCGCUCAUUCAACAGUUAGAAAAAUGAUGUUGAAAAGACCUGGUUUUGAUUUUUCACAAACUUAUAUUGAACAUGGCUAUGUUGAGCUUAAUAUUCCGCCUCGAAUGAUUGAUGAGAAAAAUCCAGAACGUGGGCAUGAGUUUUGCAUGAGCUCCAACCAUUUACACAUCUGGCCACGAGGUACAUUUAUGAUGAUAGCUAUGCCGAAUGAUGAUCACUCAUUUACCGGAAAUAUUUUUGCUCCACUGGAUAUUCUUAAUGGUCUGGAUACUCCAAAAAAAGUUAUAGACUUUUUUACCGAGCAAUUUCCUGAUGUAGUUCCACUUAUUGGUAGCCACCAAACUCUAGUUGAUAAUUUUUUUAUGGUCAAACCGAAAUCACUUAUUUCAAUUAAAUGUAAUCCGUAUCAUAUGGGAAAAAGCAUUAUUUUGGGUGAUGCUGCACAUGCUAUGGUACCUUUUUAUGCCCAAGGAAUGAAUGCAGCAUUUGAAGAUGUUGUAAUACUCAAUGAGUUAAUGGAUCUUUAUAAUGAAGAUAUGUCAAAAGUAUUACCGGCUUUCUCAAAAAAACGAUGCGCUGAUGCUCACGCCAUUUGUGAUCUUGCUAUGUAUAAUUACAUUGAAAUGCGAGAACUCGUCUUGAAAAAAUCAUUUCUAAUGCGUCGUACAAUUGAUACAUUUCUUCAUUGGAUGUGUCCAGACAAUUGGCUGCCACUCUAUAAUUCUAUUCACUUCAGCCGGAUGGGAUUCCGCGAUUGUGUUAAAAAUCGUGCUUGGCAGGAUAAAAUUCUCCAAAGAUGCAUGUGGUUUUUAUUUACGGCUAUAGCGCUCGGUAUACUUUUUACUUCAUUAAAUACAGCCUAUUGGCAUCGAGCCUAA